UUUCGAUUCAAGUAUUAUAGUUUUAAUCGAGGUAUUGUAUAUAAAUUUUAGUAAAAUAAGCUUAGGCUAUAUGUGUUAUCUGUGAUGGUGGUGUGGUUUAGUGAACAUAGUUUAAACAAAAUUAUUGGUUGCAGGGAGAGAGAAAACGUGGGUCUUUCACGUUUAUCUUUUGGAGAAAAGAAAAGAAAAAAAUAAUAAAAUAAAAUAUUUACACUUAAGAAGAAAGAGAUUGGGCCGAAGGAGAAAGAGGGCAAUGGUAUAUAAAGGUUGGAGAAGAGGGAAGAAAGUGGAAGAAAAUGAGAGCGAAAAAGCAAAAAGAGAAGAAUCGUGAGAAAGAAGACUGGUGAGCUGCAGAAACGUGGGAAAGGAAAUUCUUGAAGGUGCCCGUGAGACAAAGAAGAAAGCCAAUAUCAGAUAUUCUAAGGUCCUUAUGGGUAAGGAACAUGUAGGUUGGGGUCGGAAACAUUGGGGUCGGAAAGAGCAAGGUUGGGGUCGGAAACAGCAAGGUUGGAUUCGGAAACAGCAUUCAAGUUCCUCCGUGUAUAAAAUAGCUACUUUCCCAAGGUCUGGUCAUGGUCUGAAACAUGAUCUGAAACAGCUUGGUCAAAGUACGAAAGCUGUUCUGAAACAGUUUGGUAAACUUCUGAAACAUCAUGGUCUAAGUCUGAGAAAUCUUGGUCUUAGUCUGAUACAUUUUUCUGAAGGUCUGAAAUAUAUGCGUGGAGAAGAUUUAUAUCUGGAUGAAGAUAUAGUCCUGUUGCAACAGUCACCUCCACCUCCUCCGACUGCCACUUCCUCCGCGUCGACUGCCACUUCCUCCACGUCAACUACCACUUACUCCACGUCAACUGACACUUCCUCCACGUCAACUGACACUUCCCCCGAGUCUAUUACCACUUUCUGGCAAUUUCUGAAACACUUUGGUCAACUUCUGAAAUAUCUUGGUCUAAGUAUCAUAUACUUUUCUGAAAGUCUGAAAUAUCUGUAUGGAGAAGAUAUGAAUAUGGAUGAAGUGAAAUAUCUGUGUGAAGAAGAUCUAUAUCUGGAUGAAGAUGUUCUAAGGUCGGGAAGCAGCAGCAAGGUCGUAGUCCUGUUGCAACAGCCACUUCCUCCGACUGCCACUUCCUCCGCUUCAACUGCCACUGCCUCGCAGCUCCUUCCUGAAACAGCUUCUUCCUCAGUGUACGAAAUAGUUACUUUCCCAAGGUCUGGUCAUGGUCUGAAACGUGAUCUGAAAGUGCUUGGUCAAAGUACAAAACCUGGUCUGAAACAGAUUGGUCAACGUCUGAAACAUCUUGAUCUAAGUCUGACCCAUUUUACUGAAGGUCUGAAAUAUCUGCGUGGAGAAGAUCUAUAUCUGUAUAAAGAUAUUCUAAGGUCGGGAAACAGCAAGAUCGUAAUCCUGUUGCAACCGUCACUUCCUCCGACUGCCACUUCCUCCGCGUCAACUGCCACUUCCUCUGCGUCGACUGCCACUGCAUAAAAUAAAAGUAUAAUAAUAUGUCUAUAGAAUAUUAGAACCAUUUACUUUCUUCACAACUUUAUCUGCUAUUCUAAACAUAAGAUACACGUACGAGUGGGAAAAUCUCUAUAUCCUAUUCCUUCCCUUUUUCCCAUCUCUAGGUUGGAACAAAGUAUAUAUACCUAUCAAUAA